GUCGCGGUCGUUUCGCGUGUAAAACGUGGUUUUUGCGAAUUCGAGGAGCAAAAACGAGGCAAACCCCAACUUGCAAUGGACUUCAUCACGGAAGACACGUCGUUCGCUGCCUACGGCGCUGCGGCGGCCGCCAUUCUCAUCUUGCUCUUUGUGCUCCUCAAGCUCUGCGGCGGCGGCGCGGGCCUCGGUGGCAGCGGCCGCGACGUCGUGCUACUCGUGGGCCCGUGCGGUGCGGGCAAGACCGCGCUCUUUCACCGCCUCCGCGAUGGCCCGACCAAGGUCCAGACCGUGACGUCGAUGAAGGAGACGAUGGAGACGUUCCCGCUCUUUGAUGAGGAGAAUGCUACGAUCUCGAUCUGUGACUUUCCCGGGCACGAGCGCAUGCGCUCGACGGCGACGCAGUUCUACCCGAUCGCCAAGAAGAUCAUCUUUAUCGUCGACGCCACGACCGCAAACGAUGCGUCGCACAUCCGCAAGGCCGCCGAGUUCUUGUACGACAUCUUUACGCACCCCAAGAUCAACGACGCCGGCGUGCCCGUCAUGAUUGCUUGCAGCAAGACCGACGAUGUCAAGGCGGCGACGCCGGCGACCGUGCAGUUGCUCCUCGAGGCCGAGCUGACGCAGAUCAAGUCGACGCGCGCGUCGCUCGAAGCCCAUGGCGACGACGACGAGUCGAUUCCGCUUGGCCGUGACAAUGCACCGUUUGAGUUUGCGAUCGACGCGCCGUGCGAUGUCACGUUUGAGGGCUACUCGAUCCAGACGCCGGACGCGCUCAACCCGCUCCUGGACUUUAUCAUGCAAGACUAAGAACAUGAGCGCUUGCAUCUUAUUCCAA